UCUUCUUCUUCUUCUUCUUCUUCUAACUAAAAACGUCGCCUCUCCAUAACGUCAGCAUACUUUUGGCUACAGAAGCUAUUCAAAUAUCAACAUAUUCAGCUGGGUCAGGAAUCAAUGGGAAACUUUCAACUUUUUCACUCUUUUUUUCCCAUUCAACUCAAUGGGAGGAACCUUCAACUGCUCUUUAACUGCACCUUGCGCAAAAUGCUACUCCUUCCACAUAGUUUCAGCUAGAGACUUCAUUCCAACUUCAAAACGUUCACAAGACCUUCAGCUAUUAAUCUCUUACAGCGGUGUUUGAUAUCUCUUACCCUUGUUGAGAUAUCUCUCUUUGAGUGGAGCUCGGUAAAGAGGCCUUCUUCAGAUCCUAUCAUCAGUGUGUAUUGCGCAACUCGCUGACGUUAGAGAGCGUGAUGUCUCAGCUAGAGUGGAGGACAGCUGGAAAUUCACCUUCAACUUUUUUUUAACCUGCCAUAAUGCCCACACCCUAUACUCCUGGGUCUUAAUUCUACACUUGAAUUGUAGGAAAACCUCUGUUGGGUUGAAAAUAAAAACAAUUUAAGCAAAGAGCUUUAAUAAAUGCCUCUUGAGGACACCAAGCAACAAGAGCUUUCACAUCCAUUAAGUCCCAUUGUAAAUGUUGCCUCAUCUUUCCUCCUUUAUUGUCCUGAAAAUACACAAACAGCACUCUAUCCUCUCAUCAGGUAUCUGAGAUGCUCCGAGCGUUGAGAUUGUACCGAUAGCAGCUACCGUUUUCCAACUAGAGUUAAAAAUGUAAGAGGUUUAUUUCUCCUUCAGAUGAAUGGAGAGGCUCUGCUUUCACUGAUCACUGCAGAUCUCCAUGGAAACCUUUGACCUCUGGAGACAGACAGGUGUUAUGAUGAGGUGCUCAGCUCAGAGACAGACACACACACUGGAGUUUAACACACUCAGCCUAUUCUCCUGUCUGAUGGAGGCUUCACACUGACUUCAACAUGUUCCACAUAUUGUAGACGUUAUUGGUGACGUAUGGUUUUAGUUCUCUGCUCUUUUAAACAUCAUUGCUAAAAGUCAGUUGUUUAAACAGCUACAGUCACCAUUCAGAGAUUCAGAUAUUCAGCUGCUUCUGCAUUUUCACCAAAGUUCAGCAACACAUUUGUGCAGCUUACAGCAUUCACACACAUUUUCAGCAGGAAAUGCAUUUUAGUUCAUAUUCAUUUAAAAUAUUAAAAACUGAAACUUUUAAAGCAUUUUGUUCCAGUUUUUCCAAAUGGUUGAAUAUGAAUGAGAAUAACAGAGAGGAGGUGAAUGUGUGACGGACAGUGCUCCAGCUUCCACAGACUCACUCUGUGCUCCAUGAGUCGCUGAAGAUGCUGUCAGUACUGAUGAGCUGUGUGAGGGAGAGGAAGGAGCUGUUGAAGAUCUGAGGAGAGAAACUGCUGCAGAGACUUUGAGCUUGGAUUAUCAUGGAUCUACAUCUUUCUGGACUCUGACCUCUAAACCUUCUUCAGCUCUGAACAGAUUAUUAAACCUUCAAACUCACUUCAUGUUUUCUUUAUUCAGACUGAGGAACUGCAGGUUGUCAGAGAUCAGCUGUGCUGCUCUGGCCUCAGCUCUGAAGUCCAACCCCUCCCAUCUGAGAGAUCUGGACCUGAGUUACAACGAUCUGCAGGAUUCAGGAGUGGAGCUGCUGAGAGAUCUUCUGGAGAGUCCUCUCUGCAGACUGCAGACUCUCAGACUAGCUGACUGUGGACUCUCAGACACUCACUGUGAAGUUGUGGCCUCAGCUCUGAAGUCUGACCCCUCCCAUCUGAGAGAUCUGGACCUGAGUGAGAACAAGCUGCAGGAUUCAGGAGUGGAGCUGCUGAGUUCUGGACUAAAGAGUCCAAACUGCAGACUGCAGACUCUCAGAAUGAUGAACUGCUGGUUGUCAGAGAUCAGCUGUGCUGCUCUGAUCUCAGCUCUGAAGUCCAACCCCUCCCAUCUGAGAGAUCUGGACCUGAGUUACAACUACGCUCCUCAGGAUUCAGGAGUGGAGCUGAGAGGUCUUCUGGAGAGUCCUCUCUGCAGACUGCAGACUCUCAGUCUGAGGAACUGCAGCCUGUCAGAGAUCAGCUGUGCUGCUCUGGUCUCAGCUCUGAAGUCCAACCCCUCCCAUCUGAGAGAUCUGGACCUGAGUGAGAACUAUCUGCAGGAUUCAGGAGUGGAGCUGCUGAGAGGUCUUCUGGAGAGUCCUCACUUCAGACUGCAGACUCUCAGGAUCACAGGAGAGAUGUUAAGAGCCAAGAUCCAGAAGAGCUGAGACUCUGAUGUAAACAGGAAGUGGAAACUGGACCGACUGACGGGAUAUUUUCCAUAAAGAACAAACCAUCAAUUUCACUUCAAGCUUUUCUUAAAAGUGAAGAUAAAACACUUAAAUAUAGAAUAGAACAUAAAUAUCUUUUAAACCAAAUAUGAACAAAUGUUUCCUACAAGUCCCGCCCCAAAGUGCUGUGAUUGGCUGGUUCUAUUAAGAUAAAUACCUUGAUGCCUUUCAUAAUCCCAGGCUCCAGUUUCCUUCUCACCUGAACACACCUCUAAAUCUGUGUACAGGUAAUCCUACACCAUGACCAGACUCUGAUCCAACUGCUUCAAGUAUUUCAUCUCUCUAAUGUUCUGAAUGUGUGGACAAUAGUUUAGAAACAGCUUGGCCCAUUUGGACAAUGUGGGAUGGAUUUGGGGGUUUGAGGAUGCUGAGUCCAUUUCUGACAUUUCCAGGAUCAAAGAUGGCAGCUUUAACCAGAAAGUGUCCAUAUGUGUCCUCUCUGUCGGCUGAUUUUGAUUAAUUCUGUGUCAGUUUGGAAAAUGUAGGGGACUCUGGAUCAUUUGGAUCGGACAGAUUGCUGAUUAGAAAUAAAUUGUCCAGAGUAAAGGUAAUAACUUUAAUCUUGGUCUCUAUAUCCAAUGCAUGCAGAGAUGGUGGGGGUAAAGCAACACUUUCAGAUGUGCUUUGAAGCCAUGAGUAAACUUCAAAUGUCACCAAAUGAUGACAGGAAUGAUCAUCAGAAGGCAUGGAGUUUAUGAUUGUAAUUUAGAACAAUCCCACUGGGUGGAGACAUUGUCAAAUAAAUCCAGCUGCCAUCCAUGGAGGACCUCUACUCCCAGCGGCUCAGGAAGAAAGCCCACAGGAUUAUCAAAGACCCCCAUCACCCCAGCAACAAACUGUCUGUCUGCUGCCGUCUGGCAGGCGGUACCGCAGCACCAGGACCAGAACCACCAGACUCAGAGACAGUUUGAUCCCACAGACCAUCAGCCUGCUGAACUCCUGAGCUCUGUGUUUGAGUCAUCAUUCUGUUCUUGAUCAUAUCAUUGUAUAUCUGCGUGUAUACAGACUUCUGCCUGCACUACUUUAUUAUUCUUAUCUUAGUUUUGUUUCUCUGUUUUAUGUCUUAUAUAACUAUGGUGCAUUGCUGGAGGAGCUACAGACUAAAGGGUUUCAUAUCUAAACUGUAGCUUGUGUGCACUGACAACAAAGCCUUUAAAUUGAAUUGUUUGUUUGAAGUUGUUCAUAAAAAAUGUGUUGCAACCUUAAAAUGCACAGGCUCCCUGGUGCAAGUAGAACAUAUUUAGGAAAAUACAGUAAAAUAUUCAAUAAAUUCAGCAGUAAUAUCAAUCCAGAGACACACACAUACAGGUGCAUCUCAAUAAAUUAGAAUAUCCUUGAAAAGUUCA